AUUCUAGGGUUUAUCCAAGAAAUGCUCGAUGCCGGGAGCAAUCUCGAUCGAUUCGAGCAGCGGAGUCUCCAUCUCGGCAACAAAUCGGUGAGCAUUCACGGCAGGAAUGGAAAUGUGGCCGGCGCGCGCGAGGUCUUCGAUCGCAUGCCGUGGCGCAGCGUCGUUUCUUGGAAUUCCUUGAUGCUGAGCUACGCCGAGAAUAUGAGAGGGGAGAUCGCGCUGGAAAUCUUCCACAGGAUGAAGAUCGAGGGCGGCGAGCCGGAUUCUCAUAGCUUUGUGGCCGCGAUCAAGGCGUGUGGCAGUGUGAUUGAUCCGGAAUCGAUGGCGCGAGGGUUGAAUCUCCACAGCGAGGCGAUCGAGAUCGGCUGGGACUCCAACACUUUUGUGGCGACGAGCUUGAUCGACAUGUAUGGGAGAUGGAAGAGGUUGGAUCACGCGAAACGGGUACUCGAGGCCAUGGAUCCAGGGAAAAGAAACGUUGUGGCGUGGAACACACUGAUUCUUCGCUACGCUGAGAAUGGCGAUGGAGAGCUCGCAUUGGAGCUCUUCGAUCGGAUGAGAAACGAAGAAAGCUGCGGUCCAGAUGCUCGAACUUUCGCUGCUGCUGCCAAGGCUUGUGCUGCCAUCGCAACGACAGGAAAAUUCAAUAGCGAGAAGAAGAUUAAAUUCAUCGAUGGAGAGCUUGUGAAGAGGGGCAUGGAGAUCCACGAGCUGGCUUCCAAGCGUGGCUUGGACACCGACACCUACGUUGGAAACUCUCUGGUAAAUAUGAUUUCUCAUCGCAGCGUCGUCUCUUGGAACUCUCUCCUUCUCGGGUAUGCUCAGAGUGCUAGUCACAGCGGCUUGGCCUUGGAUCUCUUGGGGAAAAUGCUAGCACGGGGAACUCGAGGCUGCCAGCCGGAUGGCCGGACUUUCGUUGCUGCGGCUCGAGCAUGCGCUUGUCUUGCGGACAGAGAAGGCCAGACUCGAGUCGGGGACAAGCUGAUGAAGAUCACGUCCUUGGAACAGGGAAUGUUUUUUCAUUCUCGCGCAGCCACAAGUUUACAUGACGGUGAGCUCGACAUCUUCGUGGCAAGCUCUCUGGUGGACAUGUACAUGAAGUGUGGGAGUCCGCAGGAUGCCAGACACGUCUUUGACAGGAUGCCGCAGCGUAGUGUGGUUUCCUGGACAGUUUUGAUGGCGGGGUACGUCGAGAAUGGGGAAGCCGAGCUGGCUUUGGAGGUUUUUACGCUCAUGCAAGCAGAAGCGGCCGAGGAAGUGGUUCCAGCGGCAUUUGUUCCGGCAGCAAAGGCUUGCACUGUUCUAGCGGCCAGAGAAGUUCCAAAAGAAGUCGAUGGAAGAAGAAGGCCUGUGAAGAUGAAGUCGCUGGAGAUGGGAAUGGCAAUUCAUUCCCGGGCCGGAGAAGCUGAGACCGACGAUUUCCUCGCGAGCGCUCUCAUCGACAUGUACUCCAAGUGCGCGAGCCUGGUGGACGCCUUGAAAGUUUUCGACAAGAUGGUCCACCACGACGUGGCGUCGUGGAAUGCGUUAAUUCUGGCCUGCGCUGACAACGAGCAAGACGAGCUUGGUCUGGAGCUACUCCGGCUCAUGCAGGAUGGUGGCGACUGCGCACCAAACUCUCGAACCUUCGCUGCUGCGCUCAAGGCCUGUGGUAAUUCUCUGCUGAAGUGCAAGGCUCUAACAGCAGUUCUUGCAGAAACUUUCAGACAUACCAGCAGUGGUCCUGGCCCUGGGAGCGAUUGUUUUCUAGAUGCUGCUCUCGUCGACGCUUGUAGCAAAUGUGGGAGUAUGCUCGGCGCUCAACAGGAUACAGUCGUCAGGGAGAUGCCGCGCGCGUUUUUCGUCUCUUCCAUCAGAUGCAAGACGAAGGCAUACGAGCGGACGAGGCCACCUUUGUGGCUCUCCUCACGGCAUGCAACCAUGCCGGGCUGGUCGAGCGAAGCAAGAAGUAUUUCGGCGAGAUGCGCACAAGAGCUGAUGAACUGGACGACGCUGUGGCCAUGGCCGAGUCCAUGCCUCGUGAAGGAGAGGUGAGUGCUGUGGCAUGGAUGGGAGUUUUAAGUGCCUGCUCCAAGUCUGGAAACGUUGCUCUGGGAAGGCUGGCAUUCGACGCGUUGUUGAAAAUGGACAAAGCCGGCGACGCAGCUUACCAGAUGAUGGCAAGCUUAUACGAGAGAAGGACCGCUAUGGAGCUCUUCCUUUCCAGCAGUUCUUGCAAAAGUGUCGAGAUUGUCGCGCUCUAUCACAAGUCCGGAAGAGGAGACUUAAAGUGGACGGUCGCAACUAGCAGCACGCGAUUGAAACUCUCCGCUGGAAUCAUCCAAACGUUCUCUCUCCCAUUUGGAUCCUGGAAGAAGGUAUCGAUCGAUCGAUCGACAAAGCUAACAAAUGGAAUUUUGUUCAUCUUAACAGGCCGUGUGGUGGUAAGAACCAAGUCGACUUCGUACUUUCUUUUCUCCGGCCCAAAUCCAGCACUGGACUUGCAUUGCUCUGGAUCAGUGCUGAAGAAGCUCGCGAGCAAGGCCUUGCGAUCGAUCCCAUCCCUGAUGUAACGCAUGCUCUCAUCCCUGUUUGAUCCAAGGAAGAGAUACGUGAAUGGCCCAUCUUGCCUGUCCGGCAGUAUGUUAUCCACGCUGUGCUAGAGAAAAAGAACUGAGGGAGAAGGAUCAAAGAAUUCCAGAAGCAUACCAUACCUCUCCGCGUGAGCACUGAUUUCGCGAUGGACUCCGACUGGCAAUGCGCUACGAAUCGGCCAUAGGGCGCGUGGGUGCUCCGAAAUAUUUCCAUGAGCGAGGGGUUGAAGAGGAUCUUGUCCGGUUGCGCAAUCUGCCAGCGGCUAUGGCGGAGCAUGCGAUCGAUGGCCUGCAUCACGAACGCCGGGUUGAUGGUAAAAGCCUUUAUAAUUUGCUUAAUUGUAGAUAAAGUAUAUGGAAUGAGGCCAACGAUGCCGGAUGAUAUUAUAUAUUUACCAUCUCUUUGUAAUUAUUAAGGAGUAUAUUAAUUACUACUAAUCA